GCAAUUGCUCUUGUUUAUUGAACUAUGAGCAGUGUAACCAACAGAAAGACCGUUAAUCUGGCCCAGAAGCAACCAUCUGGGUCAUCUUCUUUACCGUCCAUCCAGAAAUUGAACCCGGACUUCGUCCUCUCAGUGAAGUACAAGCAUGAUGAUGCUCGCGCUAAGAAGGAUUUGGAACUUCUCCUCGACGCCCUCUACGCCAAGGGGUUUUACGCACAAGUAAGACCUCAAGACGAGUCCAAUCUCUUGGUUUUCAUCAGAUUGGGUUCUUCAGAGUACGCCCAAGCUGUCGCCCAGGACGCUAUUCGCGAUUAUGAGUUUGGGGUUACUGCCACGUCAAGCAAUCAAGAUUCCUCCAGUGAAAGACUUAGAAUUGUUUCUAAUAGCUUGCAGGCACCUGUAUCCAUCGGCGGUGUUGAAAUUGCCAAGUACAAGUUUGUCACUAGCGUGACUCCAAUCACUUCGGCCUUUGAACCAACCACUAUCGUCGAAGAUGUCAAGAAGCAUGCCACCAGAGCUCCACACAAGUUCUGGCCUAGCACAACUGUUUUGAAGGACACAUAUGGGGUUAGAGUGGCCCUUUACUUUGAAUUCAUCAAGUACUAUAUCGGCUGGCUCGCUGUAUUGUCGGUGUUUGGUCUUGUAUCAUCUUUCAAGAGUAAGAACAGAUUCCUGAUGACUUAUACUGUUAUCAACUUAGUCUGGGGUGUUCUUUUCAUCACUCUUUGGAAUAGAAGAGAGAGAUAUCUUACCAACUUUUGGGGCGUUCAAAACUGCCACAAGGUUGAAGAACAUUUGAUUGAAGCCGCCAAGUUGAAUGAGAAGAAAGAAGGUGAAGCCACUGAAACCCUCAAUGGUAAUUCUGAUGGGAUUAGAUUCCUUAAGCAAGUUGCCUUUGUUCCAGUUGCACUUGUGUUUACCGCUGUUCUUGUUCUGUACCAAUUGGGAUGCUUUGUAUUGGAAAUUUUCCUUUCGGAAAUCUAUGAUGGUCCCGGUAAGGUGUUUUUAACUUUGCUUCCAACUGUUUUGAUUUCGGUCUUUGUCCCAGUAUUAACCAUUGUCUACAAUCUUGUCGCUGGUGCAUGUAUCUCUUGGGAAUCCCACACUAAUGAAUACACCAAGAGUAACUCCAACCUUGUCAAGACUUUUGUUCUUAACUUUUUGACUGGUUACAUGCCAUUACUCAUUACUUCUUUUGUUUACUUGCCAUUUGCUCACUUGAUCCAACCUCAUUUGAAUGAAAUCGAACAAAGAAUCAGUCUGUCAGUUGGUCAAGAUGCCUAUGUUCACCAAUAUUUGACUAAAUUGAAGCUGCAAGAAGACUUUAAGUACAACCAAGGAAGAUUGAACACUCAAUUCUUUUACUUUGUUGUCACUAACCAAGUGGUUCAAUUGGUUCUUAAGUAUGCCUUACCAUUGGGUAUCCAAGAAGUGACUAAGUUGGUUAAGAAGUUUAUUCUCAAGAAGGAAGACAAGCUGGGCAGUGGAGACUCUGUCGAAGAAGCUGCCUUUUUGUCCCAAGUCCGUAAACUGGUAGCUCUCCCAACUUACAAUGUUAAUGAUGAUUACCGUGGUUUGGCACUUCAAUAUGGAUAUCUUGUUAUUUUUGGCCCCGUUUGGUCAUUAGCUCCAAUCGUUUCAGUUGUUUUCGCUGCCAUUACUUUCCAAUUAGAUCUUUUCAAGUUGAACAGUGGUAAGUACUUCCAACCUCCUGUCCCAGCCAGAGUUGAUUCUAUCCACCCAUGGAAGUAUGCAUUGUUUGCCUUGACCUGGAUUGGUUCUAUUGUUUCUCCAAUCAUCACUGCGUUUUACCGUCAUGGUACUGCUCCUCCAAAGACUAUUGGACAAUUAGCCCUUGAUAAGGCAAGUGUUCACACUUCUGGUCUGCAAUUGAUUUUUAUUCUCUUUUUGAGUGAACAUGUUUUCUUGUUAACUUGGUUUGUUCUGUCCACUGUUUCGAAUUUAUUCAAGAGUACUGAAGAACAUGAAAAUGAUUUCAGCAAGAAUGAUCUUAAGAUUAGAAGAGACUACUACAAGAAGAAUGAAGGUGAAAAGAUUGCCUCGAAAUCCAUUUCACAACAGUCGACCGCAACUGACAAUGAAUGGAGUUCCUUUUCAGUUCAAUCUGCCUUGGCUGAAGCUGACCAACGUGUUGCUGAAGUUAAGAAGAAGGCUUCUCGCGCCGAACAAUUGGAUGAUUUAAACAAGGUUAAGAGUAAAAGUGACUCUAUCGUGGAACUGAAGGAUUCGGAAGGAUCUCCUAUCUUGUCGACUAUGGACGAUAACACACACUUUGUUCCACCAGUUUCCACCAAGGAACCUGAACCAGUAACUGAAGCUCCAAAGGAAGCUGAAGUCGUUGUUCCUGUAACCUUGACUGAAAGUCCAACUGUAACUUUGAGUUCCAGUUCUGGUGCUAGUGUCAGUGCUUCUCCAGGUCAAUCUAUUGGUAACUCCAGCGCCACUGGUGCUGUCGAGGAAAAGGGUGGGAAGAAGAAGAGUACUUUGAAGAAGUUGUUAUCUAAAAAGAAAUAAUAAUGACAGUAUUUGUAUUUAUAUUUAAGUGAACGUUAAAUAGUUAUUUUUUUUUAUUAUUGUAAAUGGUUGUAGGGGCUAGUUUGAGGGGGUUAUUACGAUUUUUUAUUUACAUUCCCUCUUUGUGUUCGCCUAUAUAUCCUCAUUCUA